ACAAUACGAUAUAAAUCUACGCUCCGGCCACAGAUGUUCCUUCAAGAGUGCGCGUCGACGUGAGCCAUGUGUUGCUGUAGCUGACGAAACUUGGUUCGAAUGCACUGAACUGACUUAUUUAUUUUCUCGGUUCACAAAGCAACAUACGUGAAGUGAUAAGUUAAAGUCUAUCAGAAAGAUAGACCUUUCAAAUUUAAAAUAUAUUUUAUGUUACUCGUCAUUCGUGCGUCUGUCUCAACUGUAAAGUUAGUAGACGCGUCGAAUGACAAUAAGUUAGUGUUAAGUGGUCUGUCAGCAUCGUUAAGUGUUUAGAACUGUUAUUUUUUCUGCGGAAAUAUGUGCGCCAGAUCCUUAGCUGAUAUAGACAGUAGUAAUACCGAAACCAAUGAUCUGAUUAAUCGGAAACCAAAAAGACCUAACGUUAAGCUGUUAAAAAAGAAUUUUGCUCAGUGUACGGAAGACAUGUGUGUGGAAGUCAAAAAUAAAGACAUGAAGAUUCAGCCUGAUUUAUUGGCAAUUACUGUGAUGAAGUAUCGCAAAAUGGUCAACACGCUGACGAAAAUAAUGGGCAGAUUUGAAGAGAUGAAAACAUAUCGUGUGGUGUUUGAGAUGACGCAGCCGGCUCAUCUGGUGACAAUCCUCGCUGUGUCUGUGAUUGCCAUGAUCACGUACCCCCAAGGAGGCGACGCAGCUAAUCCAGAUGUUAUCAAAAUCUCGCCCCUUAUCUCGCUUAUUUACCUUUCUAGUUUCAUGAUGCAUUUUGGCUUCCAAGUGUGGAUGACCUUUGUUUCAGGUUUGUCGUUGUACUUCAAUGUUUCUCGGCAUACUUUUGGAGAAGUCCAGAAAGUUCUGUUUCCAAGAUACUUUUCUGUGAACAGUUUUCUAAGUUUGGUGACACUAGUAAUAUUUGUGAAAUACCAUCCAAUACAUGUGUGGAAUAGUUGUAUUGGCUUACAGGUGAUGGCCAUGAGCGUGUGCUUCCUGCUGGAGCUGGUGAUCCGCCUGUACCUGGCCCCGCCUCUGGUCCAGCUCACCGUGGUCAAGAACGCCAUCGAAGCAGAGGCCGGAGUGGGCAUGGAGGUCGGCAAGUACAAGCCGGGCUCGCUCGUCAAGUGUCCGCACUACGUCAAGAUUCAUUGCACCUUCCGCAGAGUGCACAUGGCUGUGGCCAUUGGCAAUUUGCUGACCAUGGCUUGCACUACUUUGCAUUUACAUUAUCUCUCGCAGAAGAUAAGCAUAGUGUAGACUUAAUUGCUUUUACUUCAGCAGAAGAUAACUUUAGGAAAAUGCACUUGUGUGCACAUUUAAUUUGUGUAGUUAUAUUUCUAGUUGUUCUUCUGAAGCUUGUCAAAAAUAGACAAAUAAAUUGGAGAUGAGUGGUUA